AUGGGGACCACGGCUUACAUCAUCAUUGCUCUGAGCUUCCUUGGCCAUUGGUCUGGCAGCCCCUCUGCAGCAGCCCCGGCAGAGCAGUCAGUAACCGCAGCAAAAGAAUCCCAGGAUCCUGUAUCUCUCUCUCUUUGGUCUUCACCCAACCCUCUUUCAAAAGCAGCUGAAGACUCGAUAGAGGGCCCCUCUUCUCCUUGCCCGACGGACUGGCUCUUCUACGAGGGCAGCUGCUAUGGAUACUUCUCUGACCGGAAGUGUUGGAAAGAGGCCGAGGAAGAGUGCCAGCAACAAGGCUCUCACCUGGCCUCCAUCCUGACCAAGAAAGAGUGCUGCCGCCUCCGCAGGUACCUCUCCAGGUUUCGGCCUGACGGGGACGUCUGGAUCGGGCUCCACAAUCUUGCCAAGACUCCUGGAAGCACAUCCUGGCAGUGGAGUGACGGACUCAUCGCCGACCACACGCAGUGGAGCACCGGGCAGCCCAAUAAUCAUGGCAAGACUGGCGAGUGGUGCGUGGAGCUGUGGCGAACUACAGGUUUCAGAAAAUGGAAUGACGAGCUCUGCAGCCGUAAGAACAGCUAUGUCUGCAAGUACGAGGCUGAGAUGUCUGCCGCGGAAAAUGGCUGCGAGUGAGCAGCAGAGGCGGGGGCCUCCUCUGUUCUCCGCUGCCCUGGUGGGCUUCCUUCUCUGCUGUUUGGCCUCUCCUGUGCCAGGCAGA